AUGCAACUUAACUUCUCUUCUUUAACUAUUUUGGCCCUUGCUGGUUACGCCUUGAGUGCUCCUUGUGCAAGUUGUAAUGCUAACAAGGUUCCAACCAACAACCAUCACGGUAACAACCAUAACAACCAUGGUAACAAUCAUGGCAACAAUCAUGGCAACAACAAUCACGGUAACAACCAUGGUGGUAAGACUGUUGUUGUUCAGCAAGCUCCUGCUCCCACACCUGCUCAGCCACAAGCUGAAGCUGAAGGUAUUGGUGCAGGUAUUGGUGGUAUACUCAAUGGUAUCGGAGCUCUUGGUGUUGGAAUUGGUGCUGGUGGAAUCGGCCUCAAUUGA